AUGUCCGGUUUUGGAUUUGCAAUUGAUCGUGGAGGAACUUUCACAGACGUUUGUGUGUUCAAACCGGAUGGAACUACAAGAGUCUUGAAAGUGUUGUCGGAAGAUCCAGCGAAUUAUUCAGAUGCUCCGACAGAAGCUAUUCGAAAGGUUUUGGAGGAAGAAACAGGACAAGCUAUCCCUCGAGGAACAGCAAUUCCAACUGAAAAUAUCAAAUGGGUACGUAUGGGUACAACAGUAGCCACUAAUGCAUUACUUGAACGAAAAGGAGAACGAAUCGCUUUGGUUAUAACAAAAGGCUUCCGCCAUCUGCUGUCAAUCGGAAAUCAGAGCCGCCCCAAAAUUUUUGAAUUUGAUAUUCAAAUUCCUGACAUAUUGUAUGAAGAUGUAGUUGAAAUUAAUGAGCGAGUCAUACCGUACCAAGGGGAUUGUCAGCUGAAUCUAGAGUCGACGAUAGAAGAGGCAACAAAUGGCUCAAAGGUUGUUGUUUUGGAGGAAAUAAAUAAAGAAGAGGUUCGCCAAGGCUUACAAACCAUCUUAGACAAAGGAAUACGAAGUAUUGCUGUGGUCUUAUUGCAUUCAUUCCUGUAUCCAAAACAUGAAAAAUUGAUCAAAGACAUCGCUAAUGAAUUGGGCUUCUCAAAUAUCUCAUUAUCGCACGAUAUAAUGCCGAUGAUCAAGGUUGUCCCACGUGGCUUUACAGUGACAGCCGAUGCUUAUCUGACUCCCAAAAUAAAGGAAUAUAUUAGAAGUUUUGAGGGAGGCUUUGAUGGAGGUAUCUCUAGAAUUCGUGUAGACUUCAUGCAGUCAGAUGGUGGCCUUUGUGAUGUCAACAGAUUUUUUGGAUCGAAAGCCAUAUUAUCUGGUCCAGCUGGUGGAGUUGUUGGAAUAUCUCGAACUUCUUAUGAUGGAAAGACACCAGUGAUCGGUUUCGACAUGGGUGGAACAUCAACUGAUGUAUGCAGAUUCUCUGGUGAACUCGAACAUGUUAUGGAAACUACCACUGCCGGUAUUACCAUUCAAGCACCACAGUUGGAUAUAAGUACUGUAGCUGCCGGGGGUGGAUCAAGGCUCUUUUUCCGUAAUGGAUUGUUUGUCGUUGGUCCAGAAAGUGCAGGAGCACAUCCAGGUCCAGUCUGCUACAAGAAAAAUGGAUACUUAACAGUUACUGACGCCAAUUUAGUACUAGGACGUAUUAUACCAGAAUAUUUUCCUAAGAUUUUUGGUCCAAACGCCGAUGAAUCAUUAGAUGUAGAAUCGACUCAACGAGCGUUCAGAAAACUGACAGAUGAAAUCAAUGAGUAUUUGGAAAAGAAUACUGAAAGCCACUUGAAAUAUUCCAUAGAAGAGGUAGCUCAUGGUUUCUUGCUUGUCGCAAAUGAGGAGAUGUGUCGUCCAAUCCGUUCUAUAACUCAAGCCCGCGGUUAUGAUACUUCAGCUCAUGUAUUAUGCUCUUUCGGAGGAGCAGGGGGACAGCAUGCAUGUGCAAUUGCUCAAAACUUAGGCAUCAAUGAAGUACGCAUUCAUAAGUAUUCAUCCAUACUAUCAGCUUAUGGAAUAGCUCUAGCUGAUGUCGUCAUAGAUGUACAACAGCCUCUUCAGUUUACUUUUGAAGAAGAAAAUUUCAAUACAAUUAUGAUGUUGUUCGCUGAACUCAGUGGUAAAGUUAAGCAAGAUCUCUACGAACAAAAGUUCACUUCUAAAUCAGUUAGAUGCGAGUUUUUCCUUCACAUGCGGUUUGAAAGAACUGACUGUGCCAUUAUGGUCAAAUCAUCACUGGAGACGGGUAAUUUGGAGGAACUCCAUUCAUUUACUCGGUUAUUCAGAGAGAAUUAUAAAAGAGAAUUCGGUUUCAUUUUAGAGAAUCGAAAAAUAAUUAUUGAUGACAUAAGGGUUCGAGGUAUCGGAAUGUCUGGUGUCACAUCCCAUGAAGUCUUAGGGGAUGCUCAUACGAAAACUCCUGAUCCGGUAACAUCACGUCAAGUAUACUUCCAGACAGGAUUGGUCGAAACAAAAGUAUACAAUUUAUCUCAAUUAUUGGCCGGUCAUGAAAUACUUGGACCAGCACUGAUCAUCGAUGUAAAUAGUACUAUUGUUGUGGAGCCAGAUUGUAAAGCUCUCAUAACUAAAGAAGGAAAUAUUACACUACAAGUAGUCAGACACAAAGAAGUGGCAGAGAUAGGAGGAACAAUAGCAGACCCGAUCCGUUUAGCAAUUUUCAGCAACCGUUUCAUGUCCAUUGCUGAACAAAUGGGGAGAGUACUUCAGAGAACUUCUAUAUCAACAAAUAUUAAAGAGAGAUUAGACUUUUCGUGUGCUUUAUUCGGACCUGAAGGAGGUUUGAUAGCCAACGCUCCUCACAUCCCAGUACACUUAGGUGGAAUGCAAUACUCUGUACGUUUCCAAAUAGACAACCUCGGCUUAUCUAAUAUUAAUGAUGGAGAUGUUAUUCUUUCAAACCAUCCAAUAGCCGGAGGAAGUCAUUUACCCGAUUUGACUGUUAUUACUCCAGUGUUCUUCACAGGUAUCAAGGAACCAGUGUUUUUCCUCGCUAAUAGAGGACACCAUGCCGAUAUUGGAGGGCUUGUACCGGGUAGCAUGCCACCCAAUGCAACACAUAUCAAUCAAGAAGGAGCUUCCUUUGUUUCUUUCAAAGUAGUUGAAAAAGGAGAGUUCCAAGAAGACAAACUGACAGAAAUGCUUAUGGCUCCUGGUCAAUUCGAAGGAUGUUCUGGUACUCGCAACUUACCAGACAACAUAUCGGAUUUGAAGGCACAAAUAGCUGCUAACAACAAGGGCAUAAAGUUAGUUUGCGACUUGAUAUCAGAAUAUGGACUCGACGUCGUGCAAGCUUACAUGAGUCACAUACAGUCUACAGCUGAAAUAAGUGUUCGAGAUAUGCUCAAGAAAUUCGGAAAAGCCGUUGCAAAUGAUAGCAAUGUGGCGACCUUGCAUUCUAUUGAUUAUAUGGAUGAUGGAACUCCUAUCGAGCUCACUAUUACGAUUGAUACUAAUUUGGGGGAAGCAGUAUUUGAUUUUACUGGAACCGGACAUGAGGUGAUGUCAUCGUGCAAUGCUCCCAAAGCAGUAACGAUGUCAGCUAUUAUCUACUGUCUUCGUUGUUUAGUAGGAAAAGAUAUUCCAUUGAACAAUGGGUGUCUAGCGCCUAUCAAGAUUCAUAUACCAGAUGGUUGUCUCUUAUCACCUUCUAGCUCAGCGCCCGUUGUAGCUGGUAAUGUUCUGACCAGCCAGCGGCUUUGUGAUGUUAUACUAAAAUCGUUCGGAGUCGUAGCAGCAAGUCAGGGUUGCAUGAAUAAUGUCACAUUUGGAGAUGAGAAAAUGGGAUACUAUGAAACUAUUGCUGGAGGUGCGGGAGCAGGUGAUGGUUUUAAUGGGCGAAGUGCAGUGCACACACAUAUGACGAACACCCGUAUAACUGAUCCUGAAAUUUUAGAAAGCCGUUAUCCGACGGUACUCAAGGAGUUCUCUCUUCGAGAAGGAUCAGGCGGUGCAGGAAAGUAUAGAGGUGGAAACGGUGUCAUCAGAAAAAUUCAAUUUCGACGUCCUAUGUCCAUGUCAAUACUGACAGAAAGACGAUCAUUCGCUCCUUACGGACUGUUCGGAGGAGAAUGUGGUCAACGAGGUUUAAAUUUAUUGAUUCGUGAUGAUCGAAAUCCUGUAAACAUCGGAAGCAAGAUUACUAUGAACGUCCAGCCCAGGGACAUUUUGGAGAUACAUACCCCAGGUGGCGGAGGCUAUGGUACAGUAGAGGGCAACGAAUAG